CAGGUCUGGACUUGGCAGGUUAUUUGUGGCAGUGUAAUUUGCACAAAAUAUUUCAACAAAGAAUGUUUAAAUCUGCAUAAUGAAACUCGUAUUUUAAACUUCCUAGUUUGUCCUCGUAAAUAUACGUAGAUUCCAUACGCAGAUUUCAAAGUAGUUUCGUUUUGGAGUGCCAAAAUGAAAUCAUGUAUCAUCGUCUUGGAUAUCUUAAUUCUUGUAAUUGCUUUUAAGAAUGGUCAGUGUUGCGAUACAGAAUGCAGUUUUAGUGAAUGGAAAGAAGAAAGUAUUUGUCAUGAUGGAGUAGCGAAAUGGUCUCGAACGAUAUGCUGCAAAAGCAAUCCACACGAUUUAACAAAGUGUUUGGCAGCCUGCAAAGUGUCUUUGGAAGAUUUGGAAAAGAUAGAGAAUUGUAAAGGUGGCAAUAAAAAGUUUAGGCCAAGGCGGUCAAUAAGUGUUGACAAAAAAUGUGUACCAGUGGACCUUGUAUUUGUAAUGGACGAUUCUGGAAGUGUAUCAGAAGAAAACUUCCAAACUAUGCUUACUUUUGCAAGCGAUCUGUUGAACUCCUUCAAGAUUGGAGAGAAAGAUACUCGCGUUGGAUUGAUUACUUUUAGCUCGUCUGCACGGCGCAUCUUCAACUUUGACGCAUAUUCUUUACGGACACAGAUCCAGACUGCCAUCAAAGAAACUUUGUAUAACGCUGGGGGUACAAACACAGCGGAUGCUUUGCAAGAAGCUCGACAAAUGUUUGUUUUUAACGACGCAAAACGCUCAAAUGCUCUUAGUCUUGCAAUAGUUCUUACAGACGGGCAAUCAAACAGUGCGGUAGAUACUGUAGAUAGCGCGAACAACUUGCAUAAUGCAGACGUCAUGGUCUUUUGCAUAGGUAUAGGGUCUAAUCUGAAUGAGAAUGAAUUAAGAGCGAUAGCAAGUAACCCAGAUGACAAGUUUUUGAUUAAUGCAAAUGACUUUAUCACACUGCACUCCAAAAUAACACAGCUGACGAAUAGUCUUUGUAUUGAUGACGUCAUCCCAAAUUUUGAGACAUGUGAUAUGGAGAUUCAGGAUAACAAUGGCGAAAGAAGUCCUCAGUCUAUCUCACUGAAUCAGCCAACAUCGUGUAAUAAUCAAAGAGAUUUUUAUGGAAAAUAUCAAGUUGAUAGGGUCAUAAGUAACAUCACAGUGGAUGCAGAAUAUACCGGAAAUAAACCAAAUGCGGUGGAAGAUUUUCAUUAUGGGAUAACUCAAUUAACGAUUUCUAGACUUGAGAAAAGCAUGAGAGGGUAUGACACAAUUCUUGGAGUUGAGCAUAUUAACAUCAAUAAUCCACCCCAAAGAUUGGUAUCGUCAGACAAGAUCAUGGAAAACAGUGGACAUCUUGUGAACGGAAAAAGAUUUUGUUUGUUAUAUACGGCAAAAUCAGGUGGUUAUGUAACAUUUGGAAGUAAGACGUACACAUACAGCGACACCGUGGCGACUAAAACAAGAUGUUAUUUCUUUGAUUCGGACGCACCACAACACUGUAAGAUUCUUGGAACUUGUACACAAAGCCCUGUGAUGGUGCCCUCUCCAGUAACAAAAACAAACUCUGUAACUGUCAGUUUUCAAGGCUGGGAAGACGUAUCGCCAUCACCAUCAUCUUCAGCAUUUUCAUCUGGAAUUCAGCAUUAUGAACUUUAUGUUUAUGAGAUGGUGAGUGGAACGCCAGGAAAACUAACUAUGGAUACCACACCUAAGACAGGAACACUUCUUUGUGAAGUUUGUUCUAGCUUCACAGUUUCUUUACCCACAGAAAAUCAACCUAUGCUGUAUGCAUUCGUCUUAGAGGUAGUGGAUGUUGCUCUAAAUGCACGCCAAGCUAGAACAUUUAUUCUCUUUGAUAAUGUUUCAGAAAUCGUUACACAUCCUCAACAAUCUCUAGUUGUAACAUCAGCAUCACUGGCUUCAAACAGGAUAUGGCAAACAAAUAGAGGAGAUGUAUGUUACGGGUGGCAAAAUCUCUUCUACAACGAUAAGUUUGUGCACUACAAUCCAUUGCUUCCGAUAGCUCCAGUAUCACAUGGCCUUAUUUCACCAUCCUAUGACAUUUUUUCUGGACAUUUUUCUAGCACUGGAACACAGAACAUACAUGGAAUUGUGAAUUUCACAUAUUCAGUUUCAAGAGAAGAUAUAAACAUAUACACAAAUAAGACAGUCUCCAAUGGCUUAAGCGAAACAAUGUGCCUGUCAAUUCUUGCAAUAAAUGACGGAGACAACAUCUCGUUUUCGAUAACAGCGUAUGACAUUUCGUUAAAUACUCUGACGGAAUCCAUAUACCAUUAUAUAGAUUCUUCCCCUCCAUUUAUUGAAAAUGCAUGGUUAACCAAAGGUAGAAAAUCGCAACUGUUCGUGCACAAUUCGACCGAUCUGUCUAAGAUGAUCGUGGAAUUUGAAUCUUUUGAUUUGCACAGUGGUUUGUUCAAGAUAGAAUGGACUUUCGGGAUAUCAGACAACAAUCAAAUUCUAGGAUUCGGCGCAGUUGGUAUAAAAAAAAUGAGUGCAUCGAUUUGUUCAAUGGAAUCAAUGUGUUAUUGUCCAGUAAAAGGUGAUUGUGAAUAUUACAAUUUCACCAUCAGCCUUAAUUCUCUCACAGCAAAUAAUAGUCAUAUUGGAAAUCAUCACAGAGGAUAUUUUUUCGAUAUAAAAGCUACGAAUAACGCUUUCCUCUACAAAACACACCGGCUAGAUAUUUUUGUCGACGACUCUCCUCCUGAAAAAGGACAAGUGUUUGACGGUCCACAAGAUGGUAAUGAUGUAGAUUACACAGAUUCGAAAGAUAUUUUGUUUCACUGGCAAGGUUUCAAUGAUCAUGAGAGUGGCAUAAUGUUUUAUCGAAUUAAAAUAUCAAAUGUAUGCCUAUCUCAGCAAAGCAACUCAAGUACGAUCCAUUCUAAAGGCAUUCAUGCAUUUGACACGGAAGAAUCCAAGAUUAAAAUCAAUGUGAAUGGAACUGGAUUGUAUAUAGCUACAGUUAUAGCGUUUAACCAUGCAUACGAAGCAUCCAGCCCGGUAUGUUCUGACGGAGUGUUAUAUGACAAUACGUCACCCAUAAUUUCCACAGUGAAAAUACAAAACUUGAAAAUGGCACCCGCCGUUGGUUGCUUAAAUGGAAAAGCGUGGUUUGUGAAUAAUUUCGUCGAAAAACACAGCGUGCAAAUGUCAAACCAAUGCUAUUCAACGUGUAACAAUAAAACAAAUCAUAACAUACUGGAAUUUAUUCGAGAAUCAACAUUUUCGACGAAAGAUUGGAUAUGCUCUAAUGUAAAUGACUUCGAAAAAACUUUGUUUUAUUUGCCAAGCUCUAGAUUGCGUGUAAAUUGGACUGUAUUUGAUAAUGAAAGUGAUGUAAUGGAAGUUUUCAUAGGUUUUGGAUCAAAUCUCCAUUCUGACACCUCUCCUGAUAUAAUGGAUUUCAAAUCAUCUCCACACCAACAAUAUGGGGAAUAUUUGCUUUCGGGUAUAUCUUCAAAUUUCAUAUUCUACUUGUUUGUUAAGGCAGUCAACAAAGCAGGAAAGGCUACCACAACAUCCAUCGGUCCUAUAGUCAUCGAUGAAACAGCACCAGACUGUUCAAACAAGCCUAAUAUUACCAUUGAAAAUACCACUCUUGUGAUGAAAUGGUCCCCAGACAGCUUUCAGGAUCUAGAACAAGAAGAGGAGAUUGGUAUAAUUCAUUAUAGACUGAGGACAAGGUCAGGAUUUUCGUCACCAUACUUUAAGUGGACAUCGGUAAUCAAUCCAAAAUGUGAAAAUGGCUUGAAUUGCAUACGGAUUGAUGUGAAAGACAUUAGAAGUUUCACGAAGAACGGAGAAGUGGGCCCUUAUUACGUUGAAAUUCAAGCCUACAAUUAUAUUGGGUCUUUCUGUUCCAUGAAAACUGGGGACAUUUAUAUUCCAUCAAUGAGUCCCCCACACCUUGGAGAAUUGCUGGAUAUUUUGCCAUUGAAAGAAAAUGACCCUGUACUCUAUGUGGAUGUGGCAGUAUCACUCAAUCAUAGUAUAUACUGUGUAGCAUUGCUUGGAUUUGAAUUUCGUGCAGGUCACAAAUAUGAAAUUGGAGUGGGAUCAUUAGAAUCCCGAUCGAAUGUAAUUCCUCUGCACACCAUUCACCCCAAUACUCGUAAUGUAUUCUGCGAGAAUACAACAAACGUAGUCAUGGGACAAAAAUACUAUGUAAUGUUGAAAGCUACAAAUCGCUUUAACAUGAGUUCCACUGUAUCAUCAAAUGGUGUUGUGUUCUUAAAUGAUGCGGACAUUAUGAAAACUGCAACGAUACAGAUAGGAGAAAGCUGUCAAUAUUCAAAAACGUUAGAAAAUUACACUCGAAUUGAAUUCUUAAACGGCAGUCUAAAAGUUUUUUUCAACUUUCCGUUGGAAAUUGGAGAAAGAUAUACAUUGUUUUUGAAUAACGUUUCCUGCUCGGAAGCCAUUAUUACAGGACACUCCGCCAGUGUACACUGCUUUAAGAAUUCGGCUACAUUUGUACCCUAUAUUCACUUCCCAAAUGUUGUCGUUCAAAAUAUUUCUCAAGGAUUUGAUUUUUCGUUUGUUACCUUAAAAAAAUGCUCCGAUGAUGUCAAAGUACUACGGUCAUCAGAUCAUGUUUCGAUCAGUUGGAAAGUCGAUCACAGUCUGCUGCAUUUAAUCACACACUUUAAAGUUGUACUCUUGCAAACGUGUUACAUGCAUGUACUGUCAAAUUGCACCAGUGUUAAAUUAUUUGAAACGAAUAUCGCAGAAAGUACACUCCACACGACUUUAUACACGGGUCAAAAAUUGAGAACUGGACAGUACGUGUUUACACUACAGUUUUGUUUCAGUAAUGUGUGCACGACAUGUGUAUUUUCAGAAAAAAUUCAUAUCGAAGAAUCACCGAUUGAUAGCGUUCAUUUCAAGUCUAAAAUUGAAUAUGUGAUUGAUUCCCCUUGUCUCAAUGUUGAAUUGGAUCUACAAAAGGGAGAAUGCAUGGCGCCAUACCCUUACAAUUUUGCACAGUUUUAUCGAUGGGGUAUAUUUGAUGAUGAAAAUGGAAUUAAACAACUAUCUCCUUUAUUUGCAUUUGAUUCCACAGAGUUCUCAUAUUCUACAGUGAAGAAGCGGAGUGUCUGCACAUCGCUUCCCGUUCAUGUGCAUCGGCCAUUAUUUUCUUGUGUUGAAAGUUAUUGUGCAUCCGGAGUGUUUGCAAGAGCAUGCCAGCAGGUGAAAAUUAUGUCCCAUCAUAACAACUAUCCGAAAGACAUCGUUUAUGAUUUAAAUGCUUAUUCAGAAGAAAUUCUAACAUUGGAAAAAUACAAAUUCAGUUCAAAUAUUGGCGCUGCAAUGAAAACAUUAAGUGCACUUGAAUUUAACUUUGGUCGUAAAACAAAAGUUGCCGGUUUUCUUUUAAACGUCGGAAAUCGAAAUGUAACAUGGACAAUAAUGAAAAAGCCUCAGGUUCCUCGGUCUUGUGCGAAUGAUCCUAACUGUGUAUUUAGUUCUACAUCGAUUGGAGGAUUUAUUACUUUUUCGUCAAAGACGCCCCUGGAUGAGAACGUCUUGUAUUACCUGUGUGCUAAUGUUUCACCAAAUGAAAACUCAUUUUUAAGUGACGUUCAGAGAAAGCGUUCGUUAUGCAGUAACGGCUUUGUGUUGGAUAAUGAACCACCUGUGACUGGAUUUGUGAAGGUUGACAACGUGCACCAAGGAUAUUUGCAGAACUUAACAGAGAUCAGAUUCUUUUGGCAUGGAUUUCAAGACGAUACAACGUAUGAGCUUCUCGGAUACGAGUCUGGCAUUUCAAAAUAUUCUUCCUGCUUAGGGACAUCUCCUUGUACAGACGAUAUUCGGAAGUGCCGAGAAAUAGGACUGAAACAAUGGGAUAUGGAGACGAAUUUAUAUUUAACUCCAGGAUUAACAUACUACUUGGGGAUCAAAGCAUUUGAUCAUGUUGGUAAUACAGCAUGUGCUAGCUCAGACCCGUUCGUAUAUGACCCCUCUCCUCCCAUCCAAGGCAAUGUUAUCGUAGGACAUAUCUCUAAGCACCACUAUAGUACUUCAAGACAGAGGAUAAAAGUUUUUUGGAACGGGUUCAGUGAUCCAGAGAGUGGCAUCAGAAGCUACGAAAUUGGGAUAGGUACAACACCAGCACUGGAUGACAUCAUUAGAUUCUAUGCAGUAGGGCAGGACUCAGAAGACAUUUUGACAAAUGAUCAUGUUGUUGAAGGACACAUUUAUUUCAUUCUGCUUCUGGCUGAGAACCAUGCAGGACUUAAAACAAUGGCGACGUCUUUGCCGUUUUUAGUCGACUAUUCACCUCCUUCGUUGGGAACUGUCUUAGAAGGUCUUCCUGGAAAAACGGAUAUGGAUUUUGUGUCAUCUGUCAACUUCACAUGUAACUGGAGUAGUUUUGAAGAUCCUCAUUCUCAACUUGACCACUAUAAAAUUGGUCUUGGAACAUAUCCAUUUGGAUCUAACAUGCAGUCUCUUUUCAACAUUGGAAUACAGAAUGAAUGGACAUGGAAUUUACCUCUUCGUGAAGGAGUUGAGUAUUUCACAAUAGUAGAAGCUUGCAACUCAGCCGGACUCUGCUCUCAAGCAACGUCAAAUGGCAUCACCAUUGAUGAAACACCACCUAUUCCAGGAGUUAUCUUUGGAGGAAGAAUUGGUUCUCAUUUGCGAUAUUAUGCACUCAGAACUACAUUGGAGUUUCAAAUUCAUGAUUUCUAUGACCUGCAUUCUGGAAUAUCACAUUUUGAAAUAUGCGUAGGGACAUCAAGAUCCGUAUGUGACAUAGAAGGAAAGAAAAACAUUCGUCUAGAAACAAGUGGAACACUCUAUGAUUUAAAUCUGCCAGAACAUACAGAAAUCUUUAUGAUACUAACAGCCUGGAAUAAAGCAGGAUUGUCAACAGUUACGUCAUCUGAUGGUAUCCAAAUUGAUACAUCUUCGCCCAUUCUUAGUCAAAUUCCCACCAUUUCAAACAGUAAUAGAUAUGGUUUUGUGAUAGAUCGGUCAUUUCUGAACAUUUCUUGGUAUUUUUACGACAACAAUACCCCGAUAGUAAGAUGUAUUGUAAAUAUCAAAUCUCAUCAUGGACGGCAUGUAGAUGUACAUCUUUCUGCGAAGAACUUUCUUACUUUAUCCCUGAAGAAAAAUGACUGGCUGCAAAAUGGAAACACAUACUACUUCUCUGUAACGGCGUGUAAUGCUGCCGAACUCUGCUCAACAGCAAAUGGUGAAAAUUUCACUGUAGACUCUACACCACCACAUUUUGGACAUUUCCUUGACGGAACAUGGUCUAAUUUGGAAAGCAAGAUAGAAUUACACAUCAAAAACUUCAGUGACUUUGAGUCUGGUAUCAUUGGAUAUUUCGUUGCUAUUGGAGAAACCUAUGGCUCAGAUGAAAUAAGCAAAGGGAUAAUUUAUUUUCAGCAUUUUGGGAACUGGAAUGAUAAACAACAGAUAACAAUAAAGCUGUAUAGGAAUCUAACUGUGAAUGAAAAGAUAUACCUAUCAUUGUGGUCGUCAAACAGAGCUGGUCUUAACAGCAGCAUUAGACAUUUUGCGCUUUUUGUAUCUAGAACGUUAUCAAUUCACGAAGGACAUCUAAUCCUCGAGAAACAUUCUUGUAAUGCAGAAUACUGUAAUUAUGAUUGCACGUGUUCCGUUUUCAAAGACAAGUGUACAGAGCUAGUAUCUACUACUCCUACCUGUUCAGAGACAAACAUUACGAACCUUUUCUCCGUGUUCACAGUUAAAAUCGGGCUCAAUAAUGGGAGUAAAUUUUCACUUUCGUCACAAUGCCUUCAUGCACAAUGGGAAAGAAAUACAACCCAUGCAAAACGACACGAAUGGAGUUUUGGUAUUGAAGGGCGUCCAAUAGGAUUUGGGAUUUUUGAUUCACACUCUGAACAAGUUUGGCAUGACGUAAGCAACAACAAUAAUGUAAUCCAUUGCCUAUCGAAUAACCGUAGCUUAGAACACGGGAGAUCCUAUAUUGCCUAUCUAAAGGCAUGGUGGUCGUUUUCGGAUUUUACUAUCUUUCAGUCUGAACCCAUGCUAGUUGAUCUCACUCCACCAAGUGUUAGGAGAGGAAAAUAUAUCGUCGAUUCUAAUGGUGACUGUACCAGGGACAUUGAUUAUAUAUCUUCGAACAAUAUUACAACAUGUUGGGGAAAUGUGUUCUCAGAUCAACAAAGCGGAAUCUUCUGUUACAAAGUCUAUAUAGGAACACACCCAGGGGGUGAUGACAUCACUGGAGAAAAGAAUGUUGGAAAUGAAACAACACAACAUUGGUAUAAUCUUGAUCUACGGAGAAAUGUUGUAUACUUUGCCACUGUCGAAGCAGUAAAUAACCUGGGUGCAACUACACUAUUUACAUCAGAUGGAUUUUCAAUAGAUGAUGAACCACCUCUUGCAGGCGUUGUAUAUACCUCUGAAAAUUUUAGAGACAAUACUUGGUUAACCAAUGAAAACCAAAUAUGUGCAUCUUGGGAAGGAUUUACAGACCACGAUUCAUCAAUAGUAGAAUACUAUAUCGCUCUCCAGAACAAACACACAAUGGGACAGAAGGCCGUUUCAUUCAUUCCCAUAGGUAUACAGAACAAAUAUUCAUUCAAGGAAAUAGAGUUAAAUGGCAAUGAUGCAUUCUUUAUCCUUGUAAAAGCGAAAGAUGCCGCAGGCUAUUUUUCUGAGACAGUAAGUUCAAAAGCUAUCCUUGUUGAUACCACAGAACCAGUUUCUCUUGUUUGUGAAUCAUAUAGCCUCAUAUUUCGCUAUAAUAAUGUUUUUGGAAACAACAUUACAACAAAUGAAACACAUUUUGAAAAGGGUCGAAUUUAUUCCAUAACCAUACAAUCUGAGAACUUCCCAAAUCUGCAACAGGUAAUAAUCUCCAUGGGAAAUGCUAGUAAAACAGUAAACUUUGAAACAGUAAAUGGCGAUACAUUUUUCUCCAAUUACUCCUUUUUUUCCCAAAUUGAUGGAUAUCAGUCGAUACGCAUUGAACUAUUUGAUGCGAAAAACACGAAAGGAAAUAUUACUUUCAGACUUUUCCAAUGUAACACAGAAAAAGAAGUUGAAUUUGGAGGUGUGUCCGCACGCCAAGUUUCCCCGUCGGAUAUUCUGGUGUCUUUUUUUGUUGCCGACUUUGAAAGUGGUUUAGCUGAUACGCUUAUUAAAGUUGCUAAUACUCGAAAUGGUUGUCCAAUCCUGUCCAUUAGAACUAAUGGAGAAACAGGCACACAUUAUGUUAGUGUUCCCAUAGCUCACCAAUCAUCAAUUUUUGUGUCUAUCGUUGCUAAGAACAAUGCAGGUAAAGAGAAAACAUUUUACUCAAGUGGGCUCACUAUGGAUCAUACACCUCCGGAUUUGCAACAAAAAGAAAAUACCUAUACUACGACUGAGAAUAAUGGUCAUUGGGAUACACAAGUUAAUAUUCGUUGGAAUGCAGACGAACAGGAAAGUUAUCUACAGUUUUGCCAAUGUGCGUUUGGUACAGUCAGUGGCUCAGAAAAUUUGCAAGAAUGGUCAGAGUCAUCGAUUUCAGAGUGUGUAUCAAAGCCUCUGAGUGUACCACAUGCUUCUUAUGUGUAUCCGAAGGUUCGCUGUCGCAAUUCCGUGGGACUUGCUAAAGAAAUAAAUUUCGAUCCAGCUUUUGUUGUAUACAAGACACCUGUCCCUUCGCAGACAAGUGUAAAAUUUUCGGUCCUCAACGUUCACUCGAAGAAUGAUAAAAACUAUCAGCGUUUUAAUACAUCACUGUAUUUUUACUGGGAAGAGUUUGGAACAUCUACACAAUCAACAACUUACAACUUUUGUGUGAAAGAAAACAACGAAAUUCUUCGUAAUUGGACUGAUAUAGGAAGACACACCUACACUUCAGUUGAUGGGCUCAAACUUAAGACUGGGAAAGUUUAUAGCGCAGAGAUUUAUGCUCUGAAUUCAAAGAACCUGCGGAGCAAUGUGUUAAACUCCUCUGUACUUAUCAGCGAUGUAAUUCCAGUUCAAACAGGCAAUUCCUGCAGACUUGAGAAUUCAACCAAAAUUGAAAGGGGUUAUAUUCUAACAUGGGAAGAUGUCUUUGAUGUCAACCAAAACUUUGAUCCAUGGUAUACCGCGUACGUUGGUUCUGAUCAAAAUUAUAACAACGUAUUGCAAGGAAUUUCAACUGAUAAAAGAAACGUUACACUGACCGACGUAAAACCGUGCGGGAAUCUUUAUGUUGUCAUUAUUGCAAAGUAUGCGACGGGCACACAGACAACAUAUAGGGAGGAAUUGAUCAGACCAUGUCCGUAAUUGACUAAUAUAAAUCUUGCAUAAAAUUGUAUCGAUGGUAAGUCUACAAGAAAAAAGUAUGAUGACAACUUGUUGGGAUGGGAAUAUCACUAUUGUUUUAUUUGUAUUUUUGAUAACAAUUUAAUGUAUUGAAAAUGUUGUUACAUUGUUAUUUCUAUAUUGUAUUGUAAGAAUGUUCUCUUAGAAACCUAUUCAUAAAAAUACAUUCUCUUAUAUUUAUAUUUUGUGGAUAUUUAUGUUCAAGAAAUUUUUCGAUGAAAAGUGAAGAUGUUGCCUUUUAAUCUUUCACGUUUUUAACGUUUAAAACAUGUUUUUUAGAAUUGAUUUUGUCCUUAACACAAAAUAAAAAUCCAGAAAGAUUAAUGUAUAUUGAUGGAUUAAAACCCCCAAAACAAAACAAGUAAGCUUAUUUUGCUUUUGAGUUAUUGCCCUUCAAUAAAAAAAAGUAAACAAAUACGAUGUACAUAUUUUAACAUAAUAUAUGCUAAAUAUUACUAAACAUAAUUAUAUUUUUGUAUGUAUUUCAAUCCAAUAAAUUCAUUGAAGAGAA